GGACAACGCGGUGCUACGGUGAGAAGCUCUGUACAGCUUGCAGAGGAGUGCACAUUCUGUAACUUCAUCUCAUUCCUGAUUGGAAAUUUGAAAUCUGCACUAACUUUUAGUGACCUUUGAGGACAUUGCUUUUGUCAACCGACAUGAAUAUCAUACUGGACACGAUCAUAUUUCUGGGAAAAUUUCUGUAUUACGCUCUGGAAUCCUUAAUUGUCAGCCUAAUUCCAAAGAGUAAAAAGGAUGUCGCUGGAGAGAUUGUACUUAUAACAGGAGCUGGAAGCGGACUUGGGAGGCUGCUGGCCAUGCACUUUGCCAGUCUUGGGGCCACUGUAAUUCUCUGGGACAUUAAUCAAGAAGCCAACAUGGAGACAUGUAGACUGGCCAAGAAAAAGGGCGGUGUGAAAGUCUUUGCCUACAAGUGUGACUGUAGCAGCAGGCAAGAGGUCUACAAAGUCGCUGAUCAGGUUAGAGAAGACGUUGGAGAUGUGACCAUCCUCAUUAACAAUGCUGGCAUUGUGGUAGGGAAGCUCUUCCUGGACACUCCGGACCACAUGAUGGAAAGAUCACUCUCUGUCAACGCCAUCUCUCAUUUCUGGACUUAUAAAGCCUUCCUUCCUGCCAUGGUUAAAGCUAACCAUGGUCACUUGGUCUGUAUUUCAAGUGCGGCAGGACUGUUUGGUAUUCGUGGACUAUCAGAUUAUUGUGCAAGUAAAUUUGCAGCCUUUGGUUUUGCGGAGUCUCUCUUCUAUGAAUUAGGCAAGAUAAAGGGAAAUAAGAUUAAAACCACCAUCAUCUGCCCUUUUUUUUUCAAUACUGGAAUGUUUGAGGGCUGUACAACCAAGCAUCCAUUUCUGUUACCUAUCAUGGAGCAGGAGCACGUGGCCCAAAAAAUUCUCAAUGCUAUUUUGGAGGAAAAAGUUUACCUCAUGCUCCCCAGAUUCAUAUAUUUUGCAAUGAUCCUUAAACAAAUAUUAUCUCCAAAAGUGAUGAAUGUCCUUGAUGAGUACCUUGGAGCGAACGAGACCAUGACUUCUUUCAAAGGGAGAGUGAAAGCAGAUGAAACUCAGUCUGAAACUGAGAGGAAACACUAAUAGUUGAAGCUCCAAAGAUGGUAAUCACAUAAAAAGUGUUAAAGGAUGGAUUAUGUGGAAGUCCUUCUAACACUUAAAUCAUUUCAGUCAACCAAGAAUUACUGAAGUUUUCAAGUGUUACACUUAUUCCUGGGAGAGAGUUCACACAUUGAUAUUUUUUUGAAGAAUUAUAUUUAUCUAUCCAGUUUUCCUAUGAGUUUUCAACCUGAUAAGUAUGUUCGAUUAACUCUGAAUAUAUAUUUAUAAAAACACAUUAUUGUAAAUUGGCCCUAGUUUAACUUUAAAAUAGCUAUGUCAGAUAGUUUCAGGAAAGAAGCGACUAUUAGUAAUGAUCUUCUGAAUCAAUGUUUUACGCUGAUAGUUUUUCAGCAUGAGAUUUAAAGUUACAUGUUAAUGUUGUAUUUAAGAAAAAUAAUGUCAGGCCAGGGAUUUAGUUCAGUGGUGUGAGUGCCUUCAUGGCGAGCAUGAGAUGAGAUCGUAAGUUUGAUCCCCAGUACAAAAAAAAAAAAAAAAAAAAAAAAAAACCAAUAAUAAUAAUAAUCAUAAUGUCAAAGUGAAGAUUCAUUUGUAUUGCCUACUAAUCCCAACUAUGGUUAGAUGACCAUAUGAAUUGCCUUGGUGGAUUUGAACCUGCUAAUUAGACAAAAUAAAUCUGUAACUUAACAAUUUUCUCUGCAUCCCAAAUUGUUGAAAAUCCACAGCUCUUUUGUUUUGUAGAGGGGGAGGGGGAAAGGGGUGAAAUGCACAUUAGGCUUCUUGCACUGCUAGUUUGUGAACCAAAGUUAUCUUCAAAUAAAAUCAGUAAAAUGA